AAUGAGGAAACUUAGUGCGUUAUCCAUAGGGAUAAGCAGAAUCUAGUUCUGUCAUCAUAGAGCUUUAUAGUUUAUACAUCACUCGAUCGUUUCUUCUUCUUCUCCUAACACUUAACAUUUCUGAGUCUUGAAGAAGGUCAACCAGCUUCGAGAAUAAUGGCUUCUCUUUGUGCUUCUUCUGCCAUCGCCGCUAUUUCUUCUCCAGGUUUCUUGGGAGGGAAGAAACUGAGGCUGAGCAAGAAGUUGAGUGUUCCAGCUGGUUCCAGAUCGGCUGCGUCCGUGCGCGCCGCCGCAGCUGAUCCGGAUAGACCAAUCUGGUUCCCUGGAAGCACUCCUCCAGAGUGGCUAGACGGUAGCCUCCCUGGUGACUUCGGGUUUGAUCCUCUUGGUCUUUCGUCUGACCCGGAUAGUCUAAAGUGGAACGCACAAGCAGAGCUAGUCCACUGCCGGUGGGCGAUGUUAGGCGCCGCCGGGAUUUUUAUCCCGGAGUUUCUAACCAAGAUAGGAAUCCUCAACACGCCGUCGUGGUACACGGCAGGAGAGCAAGAGUACUUCACGGACAAAACCACACUCUUCGUCGUUGAGCUCAUCUUAAUAGGAUGGGCCGAGGGACGUAGAUGGGCUGACAUCAUUAAGCCAGGGAGCGUCAACACUGACCCAAUCUUCCCAAACAACAAACUGACGGGGACAGACGUUGGAUACCCGGGUGGUUUAUGGUUCGACCCGUUGGGUUGGGGAUCCGGUAGCCCGGCUAAGAUCAAGGAGCUGAGGACCAAGGAGAUAAAGAACGGAAGGUUGGCUAUGUUGGCAGUGAUGGGUGCUUGGUUCCAACACAUAUACACUGGGACUGGUCCUAUUGAUAACCUUUUUGCACAUCUUGCUGAUCCUGGCCACGCCACUAUCUUCGCUGCUUUCACACCCAAGUGAGACGUUAAAAAGGAAGGAUGGGUUUGUGUGAUCAUGUUUGUACAAAUAUCUCUUUUGAACUUAGAAGCAUUAUGUAUUUUAUACAAAACUGUGGUCGAGUGCAAAUUAGGGUUCGUCGUAACAAUGCUCCUUUCCUGACUAAAUGCUCAUAUCUUGCUUUUACA